CAUGGCGGCGCCCAGGACUGAUCAGGCUGCCUGUACAGCUCAUUAUAAUAGUCGUGCCGGCUCAUCAGGUUACGAUGCAAGACGUGUUGGUCAGAAGAAUAUAUUAAGGAUCCUGUGGAUUGUGCAGUCUUGGAUCUGUGUUAGUGCCAGAAAUUCCUUAGUUGAUGAUUUGUUAUCACCAUAUCCUUUACUUUCUAAACAUGGCCCAAGUCACAGUCAUCGUGAAGUCAGAGACUGUCUACCUGUUGCUCAUGGGAAUACAACUUAUGAAGUGUCGCCCAGUCAUAAUCGUUCCAUGCUUCCAGUGGCUUCAACUAAAACAUAUGCAUCAAACUUUCGUGUUGGCAACCAAACCAAAACUGUUCUUGGCCAUUUUACUUUUAUAAACAAUCCUUUGAGAACUGUUUCAGUGCUAGAACCUGGUGGAGAGGGUGGCUGCAGUAAAAAUGCUACAGAAACUGUUGAGGAAACUGUUAAGUCGACAAAAUGCAUUGUGGCCCAGAAUGGUGGUUUCUUUAAUACUGAUACAGGAAGAUGUCUUGGCAAUAUCGUGAGUAAUGGAAAACUGAUUCAAGAUUCAGGAGGAAUCCAAAAUGCUCAGUUUGGUAUCAGAGCAGAUGGGACCAUGGUGUUUGGCUAUCUUUCAGAAGAGCAAGUCUUAGAUGAAAAAAAUCCCUUUGUGCAGCUGCUAAGUGGAGUAGUGUGGCUGCUACGAAAUGGAGAGAUUUACAUUGAGGAAAGCAAAGUUGCAGAGUGUGAUAAAACUCAGAAUACUGGUAGCUUUGAUUACUUUGUUGAUGUCGUGUCGGCAAGAACUGCAGUGGGACACGAUAAGGAUGGUCGACUUGUUUUGUUUCAUGUAGACGGGCAGACAAAUGCUAGAGGCCUGAGCCUUCAUGAAGUGGCCACAUUCUUAAAAGAACAAGGUGUUAUUAAUGCUAUCAACCUAGAUGGUGGUGGAUCAGCUACCCUGGUUAUAAAUGGAACAAUCGCUAAUUAUCCAUCUGAUCACUGUGCACAUGAGCCAAUGUGGCGCUGCCCAAGGAGUAUCUCUACAGUUUUAUGUGCUCACGAGCCUUACUGUGAUCCACCAGACUGUGGAGGACACGGGCAUUGUGUGUCAGGAGAGUGCCAGUGUACUGGUUUCUGGACUGGUCCCUCCUGCAGCAUCCUCAACUGUGGGCUAUCAAAUUGCAGUGCACAUGGGAACUGCACAGAGGGAAGAUGCAUAUGUGAUGCUGGUUGGACUGGCAGUGACUGCAAUAAUGUUUCAGCUGACCAUGGUUUUGAAUCUGUGACGAAUACAACUCAAAAAGAAGUCUUCCCGCCUGCUGCAGAGUUUGUUUUUACAGAAAUUGCAUUUGCAAUAUUAUCAUGCAUACUCGCUGCUCUACUUGUGGUCAGCGUUGGAUUCAAUAUCAAGCAGGCAUCGUGGUGCAAAGAGAGAUGUACAGAAUGGAAAGAGAAGCGAACAGAAUGGAAGUACUCAUACCAGCAACUUAAUGGGGAUAUGGAUGCUGUUGAAAUAUAUGAACCCUGGGACUUAAAAGAAUAUGAUGUGGAGAUGCACAGUUCCGAAGCUGGGAGAUGAGAAUUGUUUAUGCUUAAAUACUUAAAAUGAAAGUUUACUUUUUGCCAUACAAGCUGCAUUCUGCAGCAAACCAGUGCCUUAAUGCCACCCUGUUAUUAGGGGAGGAAAUGUAAAGACUUGGUAUAAUGCCACUCAUUUGUUUUUGUUUUACUAUGUGCAAUAUUCGGGAGAUUGGUAAUGGUGUAAGGUCUUCUUGAACAGGGAUUGGGAUAUUCAGUCCUUGAAUGCUGCAAAAUGUCCAGACUUUUACAGUAAGAUAAAUGCUAUUUUUCUAAUUUCAAGUAAGAUAAUGUCCCGUUUAAGUGGUACAUACGUUUUCUAUUGAGAUGCUGCUAAACUGCAUAAAAUAUUUUGUUUAAAAUGUUAACAUUGUUGUAGGGUAAAUCAGGGCUCAACAAAUUUGCUUAGAAUCUAGGUGCCAGCUAAAAAAAAGUUACUAACCGCUUUUUUUUUUUUAACUAACAAAGCUUUAUUUUCAAUGACAAAAAUACAAUUCUUAAAUGGACACAUUAGUCACCAGAACCACUACAGAUUAAUAUAGUUGUUCUGGUGUGUAUAGCCUGUCCCUGCAGGCUUUUCUAUGCAAACACUGCCUUUCAGAGAAAAGGCAGGGUUUACAUUACUGCCUAGUAACACCUCUAGUGGUUGUCACUCAGAUGGCCACUAGAGGUGCUUCUUAGUCUAGUGAUGCACAGUGUGAAGCACCUAUAUUCAGCGGCUCGACGCUGAAUUUAAUGCAUCUCUAUGAUGCAUUUCCAUUUCCUAUGGGUAGCAUUGAAUUGGCUGAGAUCAUCAGGAUUGAUUAUCUCACUCAUGGAGGCAUGGAGUGGGGAAAAAAGGUGAGUUAAAAACACCUUUCCGAUUCGAUCAGAGGGAGGCCUUUCACCUAAAUACACACACACACUCACUGAUUUGAUACAAUGACAGAUACACACAAUGAUACUAAUGGACACAUAUUCUCUCACACAUUUUGGGAGAGCUGGAGUGGAUCCUUUCCCUGGGGUCCAGUGUGGGGCUGUGCUGAAGUCUUCAAUCCUUUCCUGCUUUGCUCCCUCGUGCGUCGUUUAGUGAUGCCAGGGUGACAUUAUAUCCCGGCAUCACUACAGGCCGCGCAAGGUAGCAGAGCAGGAAGCUUACAACUCCCUCACCAGCCAGCCGACGCUGGGGUGCGCGCUUAUUGGGCUGACAAAAACCCAGACACCAGGACAAAAUUUCUAGUCGCCUUAAUGACCUGGCACUUGGGAUUUGUUGAGUCCGGGGGUAAAUAGUAGUUAUCACAUCUGAUUUUGACUAAUUGACAAUAACCUGUAUAGCCGCACAUCAGACAGACCUCACUCACAUGCCAAUCCAGAACUGCGAGUUAGAGCAAAUCCAGACAUUGAUUUCAGCCUCUCCAUUGAGAUCUGGGUUAGCCCAGUGCUUUCACAAUAUUAUUGCUAUCCUGUAGUGGACAGAUGUGCAUUUGAUCAUGCACAUGACGUGUCAUUUCUGGAUUUAUCCGUGCAAAUGCUGAGAUGGUGAGACCCGACCCAUAGCUCAUUGAGCACUGUAACCAAUACAAUGAGCUGUUGUCGUUAAGGUACAUAGUGUCCUGCAUAAUUUCACCUAUAAUUGAAUUUCUUAUGGAUAGCACAGAUGUGGCAACUUUAGCACAAGGAAACCAAACCUUUUUGGAGCUGUCCACUUUCUGUCUAACAGGAUUCAUGAAGGAUUAUUUUUUUUGUUUUUCUUGCUUUGUAUUAACACUGGAUUUUUAUGUAGCCAAUUUUUUUGUGUUUAUUUUUUUUGCUUUGAGGCUUUUUUUUUAUUUUUUAUAAAGGUGAAUGUUAAAGGAACACUAUAGUGUCAGGAACACAAACAUGUAUUCCUGACUCUAUAGUGUUUAACUGACCAUUUAGGUGGCUUGCCCCCCUAUAAAUGUUUAAAACUCGCCUUAUUUUCAGCACGUGCGGGUCUGCCAGCGCUGGUUCUGUCCCCUUUGUGACCAUCAAAAUGGCCGAUUUUUAGCCAAUCCCUAUGGGAAAGCAUUGGAUUGGCUAAAAUCGGCAUGUGGGUGGGGCCAAAUGCUGUUUUGGCCAAUCAGGACCUCCUCAUAGAGAUGCAUUGAAUCAAUGCAUCUCUAUGGGGAAAAUUCAGCGUCUCCAUGCAGAGCGUGGGGACGCUGAAUGGCAGGGCUGCUAUUUCGGCAGCACUGACCCAGGAAGCACCUCCAGUGGCAAUCUCAGGAGUUGCCACUUGGAGGUGUCCUUAGAGGCAAUGUAAUAUUUG